AGGUGGCGCGUUGUUAAUAACGCUUCGCCUUAACAACGUGUAAACUUUGUUCGAGUUUUUGUAAAGAAUGUUAAUACGAACAGAUAGAUCCACACACACACAUAUAUAUAGAUAGAUACACACACACACAGACAUAUAAAGACAUACAUUGGCGCGAGCAUCCACGUUUAUUCAUUCAUAUAUUCGUACACAAACUUGCGCCCAACUUCUACAUACACAGGCGUAAUAAUGUUGGGCAAGACACCAGUUGCGCUUCAGACUUUAUCGAAUUCGUAUGAUAAAUUAAAAAAAGAUACAGAUUUGUUUCUAAAGAAGUUUAAAAAGUUUAAGAAGUUGAAUCCGGACGUCAAGGAGUCGGAAAAUGUUUCGGCGUUAAGCGAAGAAUGUAAAAGUUUAGCGAACGAGCUGGAAAGUUUAACGAAGGAAAUUAAUUUACUUGAAAAUAAAGAUCCGAAGCAACAGAAGAAUUUCGAUUCCAAGAAAAAGAGCCUUCUAAAAAAAGUGGCCACCCAACAGAAACUAGUAUCAGAUACUUACGAUGUUAUUGUUCAACAAACAACACCAGAAGAAAGCGAAGUUAGCAGAAAAGUUGAAAGUACCAAGGAUAGAGAUACGGGGGAAAAGGCGGCAGCGAAACGCAUCACGACAAAGAAAAAGCAAAAGGAGAUUUCUGAGAAGCAAAAUCGAUCGAAGAAAGAAAACAAUAAUAACAGUAGUAAGAGAGAUUCCCAGUCUGGAAGCACCAUUUCCGGGAAAAGUAUUGCAGGAGAUUCUGAAAAAGAAAUAAACGAAGAUAUAUCUGAAAAUGUGGACGAGUGUGAUGAAAGCAAUGAUGAUGACGACGACGAUGAAGACGAUGGUGACAAUGAAGAGGAUGAUAAUGACGAAGAGGAAGAAGAGGGCGCAGCUAGUACUAGUGCCACUGCUAGCACGAGUGGCCCAGCUAGUAGUACUAGCGUUGCAGUUACAGAGGAUGAAGAUGUUGGUAAGGUAAAGUCUUUUAAAAGUAGCCAUUCUUCUUCGAAAUCCAAGUCGAAAAUUUUGAAUCAGAAAUCGAAAUCUGAGAAAAGCCCCACUCAAGUUGUUCCCACGCCAGAUCCUCACGAGGGACAAGCAGCAGCAGCAACAACCACAGAAAGUGAAAGUUCCGUGACCAACCAGAAGAAGAAAGGUUUGAAAUCAAAGUUAAUCGCUGACAUGAAAUCAGUUUUGAAACAUAAUCUUCAUCAUAAAGAGAAAUUACCUUCGAAAACUAAGGAACUCUUGGAAGAGGAAGAUGAAGGAAAGAAGGAGGAGAAAGAUGAAGGAAAGAAGGAGGAGGAGGAGGAGUCAGAUGAAGAAGAGGUGGAGGAGGAGUCUGAUGAAGAAGAGGCAGAGGAGGAGCUGAGUAAAGUGGAUGAGGAAAAAGAGGAUUCUACAAAUGAGGAAGAUGAUGAUGAGGAGGAGGAGGAGGAGGAGUCUGAUGAAGAAAUGGAACUUCCUACGAAGUAUUUUAUUGCAUUAUCAAAUUAUGAGAAAGAAGAGACAAGUGAUCUGAGUUUUAAGAAAGGUGAAGUUCUAAAAAUAGUGCAGGCCCAUCGAAAUGGUUGGUGGCUUGCUGAGAAUAAUGAUGGUUUUCAAGGCCUGGUGCCCAGCACCUAUCUGCAGAUGAGGUCUCCUACUGAUGAUGAGGAGGAGGAAGAAGAGGAUAGCGCUGAAGAAUCAAGAAAAGACGAAGGAGAAAGUGACAGUGAUGAUAACUCUGAGGAAGAAGAGAAAGAAAAUGAAGAGGAAGAAGACUCAGAUAUAGAUGAAGAUGUGAAAGUGGAGAGUGGAGGAGAUAAACCAAAAACUCGUUCUGCUAAACAACUUUGGCAAACUAUCAAAGAAUCAAUUCAAGAACAAUCCAUUGUUGAUGUUCUUCAAGCAAAAGGUACCGUGCCAUCUGGUUUCCGACCUUCUACUCUGAGUAGUUUAUGGGCUGCCAACUCGGAGUAUCGCAUGGAGAAAGCACUUCAUCCGUCCUUGAGUAAAACAGCAAUGAGCUAUACAGAUUUGUUUUACUCUCCGUCAGACAAACAAAUUUGUCCUUAUAGUGUAAAUAUUUUAAAAAUUGUGAGUAUUCAGUCUUGCCGGAACAUUCCACAAACAGGUCCGGGUAUUGAUGUCCAGUGUCGAUGCAUACGAGUUUGUAUUUUUGAUGGGAAAAAUGUCUUGAGUAACAUACACACAAUCAAAGUGCAAUCAGUUGAUAAAUCUCAAAAGUCUUGGAAUUUUUCUUCUCGUGUCUCCGAUAAUAUGGAUGUCAGUUUACAUACAGAAUUCUUUGUGAGAACAAAUUACUCAGGGAAUCAGAUAAAUUUACUGUUUGAGCUGUGUCUGUCAUAUACCCAACAAGACACCCAGGAACAAGGAAUAUUCAGUUGUGGUUGGACUAAGCUUUUAUUAUCUGAAGAAACCAUGACAAACCGUACUUAUGAAUUGCCCCUUCAUGGUGGAACUCCCUAUGAUAGAGGUAUUCCUCUUGAUUCCAGGUUUUCAAAUGCAGUUGAAGAGAAUUCCUUUCUUAGUCUUUUUACUGGGCACCAAAAGCCAACAUUAGUGGUCAAAGUUUUCCCUCCCAAAAAAGAACAGAAAGAUGUUUUAAACAGUUUACCUCAUACCAUCAUUGGUAACGUGUGCCUGAUGCAUUUUUAUGCAUUGUACCGGAACAUUCUGGCAAAGGCUCUCCUACGAGACAGAAUCGAUUCAGAUAACACGGAGCUGAUAUCGAGUUCGGUUUUGGCAUCUUUCCCUUUGGUUGCAGAUCAAUUUGACAUGAUGCAAUUACUUCGUGACACUUGGAUUGAGAAGCAGAAAGAGAGGAGUCGAACAGCUCGACGGGACAGCAACACCCAUAAGAAAAUGUUUAUAGAUAGUUUCCUGGAGACUGUUUACCCAUUUUCCCAUAUAUUGACCCCUGGAGUACCUACGACAGGCAUAGACACAAGCCAAAGGCAAUAUGAUGCCAUACGGAAAUUCAAAGAUUUGAAAUCAGAACGAGGAUCUACACUGGCCGUAUUGUUGAGUGAUGAUUUCACUUAUGAACCAAUGAAACUAAGUGAAGUAACAUUUUCUGUUUUGAAAGAUAAUGAAUUCAUAAGUGAGGCAUGAUUCAGAACAAAAAGGAGGCAAAAAAAACCUCAAACGCCUGUCUUUGUGAGAAAGACUAAAUCUUGAAGAAAAGGUUUGAUGUGUGAUGAGAUGAAAGAGAGAUUGUUGUUUCAAGCAGGGAUUCUUUGAUUUAUUUCUAUGUAAAUUACAACUGAUGAAGGCCACUACACCACCAGUGGACUACCAUUUUCUAAUUACUGUCAGGUAAAUCUCAUUGAGAUUUGUCUGACAUUGCUGCUAACAGUCAGGUAAUUUUGCCAGGUACUUAAUCAGAUUUGUGUACUUAGGGGUUGAUAUGUUUGUUUGAAACUGUAUUGUACUAAAUAUACUAAAUGUAUUUGUGAGUCCUGAUUAGUCAAUGUUACAAUCUCACCUGUACAAGCACACAUAUUUCGAAAUAUAAUCAAAACAAACACCUUUCAUAUCCAAGAAUAUCUAAGCACAAAAACACUAUAUAUACAUGCAUAUGUAUGUGUGUGUGUAUAUAUAUAUAUAUAUGGAUAAAAACAGUUUGAUUCCAAUUCGUUGGUAAUCUUGAAUUUCAAGCAUGAUGCUAGUCGUCAGCCAUUAUAUAUAUACACACACACAAACAAUGGGCUUCCAUACAGUUUCCAUCUAAUUCCAGUUACUAGCACAGUAGAAGACACUUGCCCAAGGGUACUGGGCAGUGAGGUAGAACACAAAACCACCUGGUUUCAAAGCAAAUUGUUCUCAUAGCCUAGACUUGUGUAUACAUUGCUCGUACAGGUGGAUGCACGACAUACCACAUGUCAGGUGUGUUAUGUCAUGCAGAGCAAUGAGAGAUGAAAUGUUUUGUUCAAGAACACGAUGCCUCGGCCAGCCCGGGAACUGAACCUACGAUCUCAUAAUUGUAAGUGCAACACCCUAACCACUAGGUCAUGUGCCCUCACUAUGUAUACAUAUACUCCUAUGCAUAUAUGCAUGCAGACGUAAGUAUUUAACACCAUAGAUACACACACACACACAGACAUACACACACACACACACACACACACAUUAACCCAUGCAAAUGUGGAAAAGUGGAUGUUAAAAUGAUGACGAUUCUCACACACACACACACACACAAUCAUGUUGAGCUUGUUCCCCCUCCACCGCCAUCUUCGUUCUCUCUGACACACUGUGCCUUGCAAUUUUGGAACAGCACUUUCACAUUUAUUGUUUACAUAAUAUUUCCAUCUCCUGGUUGAGCAGUAGAACUCAUAAAAAUGGACAGGAGUUCAACUGUUUCCAGGGAUAAACACUUUUGAAGGGAUUUCAUUGGGGAUUUUAUCCACAUAUAAACCAAACUCAACUGUGAGCAGUAAACUCCACAGACUUUCUUUGUAAUUCUUUGUAUAAAUCAUGAAUAUGAAUAACUUGUGUGUGUGUGUGUGUGAAUUACUGAUACUUUUAUGAUGCAGAUUGACCAGCAAUUUAAUAAAAUAACAGAUGGGGAAUCUGUAACCUUUAAAUAAAGAAAUUUUAUUCUAUUAACCUCAGUAAAAUAUUAAAACAAUUUAUAUAAAAAUU